AAUCGUGCAAAAAUGCUGCCGGACUUGUUCCUUGGCGCUGACUCCGGCUUAAACCGGCGCCGCCACGCCACGCAGCUUGUAGUCUCGACCCGGUCCCGCACCUGAGCACACCUGCGGCACCCGCCAAGAAGAAACGUGUUUUAGCGAGUGUGUGUGUUCUUUUGACGCCAUGUCCUCCUCCGGCAGCAUCUUACCUGACGAGGCCGCCUUCUUGGACUUCAAGAGGCAGUGCCUGUCCCAGGACUCCUGGCAGCUCAGGUACAACAACCACGACAGCCAAGUGUGGUCCGAGGCCGCGGACAAGGGGAACCAGGUCGCAGCCAAAGUACACAAACUCAAGUGUAAAAUCAACAUCAAGGACGUCUCGGCCGCCACCAUGUACGACGUCCUGCACGACAGCACGUACCGGAAGCAGUGGGACCCCAACAUGUUGGAGAGUUACGACGUGGCCCGCCUGUCCGACUGCGCCGACUUGGGCUACUACUCAUGGUCUUGCCCGCCUCCGAUCAAGAACCGGGACGUGGUCACGCUGCGCUCGUGGCGAGUGGCCGGUGACGAAUACAUCAUCAUCAACUUCUCCGUCAAACAUCAUAGGUUGCCUCCACGCAGCCACCUGGUCCGAGGCAUUUCCAUCCUCACAGGCUAUUACAUAAAGUCCACGGGGCCAAACGGCUGCACUUUCACCUACCUCUCGCAAGCCGACCCCAAAGGUUCCCUUCCAAAGUGGGUGGUCAACAAAGCCUCGCAAGUUCUGGCACCAAAGGUGCUGAAGUGCGUGCACAAGGCGGGUCAGAAAUACCCCGAGUGGAAGCAGCAGAACUCUCCAGACCAGAAGCCCUGGUUGUACCCGGACCAGAACACCCUGCCCCGGAUGGACCCAGCAGAACUGUCCAUCCAGAGAGCCGACUCGCUGGAGAAUGUGGACGAGAGUUGCAAGGAGGAGGAAAACUAGGUUCCAAAAAAAAAAAAAAAAUAGAAUAUAGGGCCAACUCUCAGGAAUAUUCUUGCAGGUUUACAACUCAAUGAAGGGAUAGAAAGGAGCAUAUUUUAGUGGUCUUAGCUUGUUUUAUUACUUACGGGGUUUAAGGAGAGCAUUGUUGCAGCGCUACGUUUAUUCUUCCUUCAACAUGAAGAAGAGUUUACACCGUGUGGUUUUUUUUUUCUACUGCUUGAAGGACUUGAUGUUGGACUUUAAUCCUCAUACGCAAUACUGGAAGGGUAAAUUCUAUUUAUUGCGGUCGUGUGCAAGUCUUUGUCAUAGUGACAUGUAAAUAGUUUUGUAUCGUCACAGCCGUUUAAUUUAUUUCACUCUCGGAUGAAGUGGAUGUUGAGAAAAUAGUCUGACAUGACGCCUGCCGGCAGACAGAUGUUUCUUGUGAUGAUGAUGCUGAUGUGUAAGCUCUGCCUGCCUGCCCGCCUGUCACCUUUUUUUUUUCAACUAAAAUAAACCUGCUAUGGUUCACUUA